AUGCAGGAGGGGAAGGGUUUAAAAAAACUGGAGAAUGUUGGAAUGAAUGGUGCAGGUCUGUUUAGAGGGCUGUGUACAAGGAUAAAAGCAAAAAGGUUCAGACUCAAAAGAAGAGGUAAAGUAGUGCUGCUUGGAGUUUCAUCCGUCAUAAUAAGUGGAGCCCUAUUUCAAAAGCAGUUGAACAGUCUAUUUGAUAAUCUCCAGACAACAGAUGAUGUCUUUGAGGCUGAGCGUGAAAAUGCAAGGGCAUUGUAUAUUUACGCCAACAACUCAAAAUGCUCAGAAGAUUGUAAGAAGUCACUGAGUCUUGGAAUUGAUGACUGCACCUGUCAAGAUGUCAAGAAAAAACGAGUGUGGUUCCCCUGGGUGCAGUCCCACAGUCACAACAGAUGGACAUUACUUCGCUUGGCUCAAUCCAACGAUCACAAUGUCCGACUCAUGGGUGUAGAAGCACUCUCUAAGCAAACAGACUGGUGUGAUUCUGAUUAUUUGGAGAUUGCCCAAGCUUGUGAUGCAAGAACUCUGAUCGGUCUAGCCAGAUCACCUGAGACUGAUCUUCGAUUCUUCCUGCCUCCGCCAAAGUUGCCCUAUGUUGAAGAAUCCUUGGAGGAUCAGUUCCGAAAACUUCUCUCUGCCCUCCCCAAUGAGGGUAUUGACAAAUGCACUUCAUAUUUCACUUCAACUGCCCUACAGGAGGGAAAACAUGCUGAUGCAGAUGAUAAGGGAGGACUGUGGUGCUUUGGAGGCAAUGGUCUCGCUUUCACCCAGAGUCUCAGCUCUGCCCCAGAUGAAAAGGUGGAGCAGUUCUGCCUACAAGCUCUCUCUAGUCAUUCCAAGAUUUUGUCCCAUUGUGAGCAGAUUGUUGAGCAUGGAGGUCUCCAAAUGUUGUUGAGGGCUUCAUAUGAGAGGUCUCGCAGUCUCAAGAUACAGAGAAUAGUCGCAAGAAUAAUUGGUAACAUCGCAGUUUGUCCAAAUCUGGCUGAGAAUAUCGUUCAAGCUGGAUGGGUUACCAUCCUUGCAGGGUGGCUCAGGUCAAAUGACUUUGCACUAGCUAGUCAUGCUGCAAGGGCCCUAGCAAAUCUUGACACAGAUUUCGGGACAAAGAAAUAUCAGCCUGGUGUUUAUCUGUACCACCCUCAGUUCAGAUCAAGUGAGCCUGUUUAUGCAGAUAUAGUAUUCGUUCAUGGUUUGCUCGGUGGUGCAUUUAAGACGUGGCGUCAACAAGACACAGCCUCCCCAAACCUGAUGCAGACAGAGAGUGACACAGAGUCUGAUGAUCCUUACACUCAUUGUUGGCCAAAGGACUGGUUAGCAAAGGACUGCCCUAAUAUCCGUGUUGUAGCUGUAGACUACACAACAUACCUUAGUGAGUGGGCCCCUAAAUGUCCCUAUGAGGCUGAGAGGAGAAGUCUAUCUGUUAGAGCAGCUGAGAUGUUAGAGAAACUCUAUAAGACAGGUCUGGGGAAUAGACCGAUCAUCUGGGUUGGACAUUCUAUGGGAGGUUUACUGAUCAAACAGAUGCUAACCUCUGCAUACAAAUCGCCAUAUACUGAUCUGAGGAAGGUAGCGACCAAUACACGUGGUAUUGCACUAUAUAGUGCACCUCACAAAGGAGCUCCACUGGCUGCCUACUCUCAGCAGGCAAAGCUGAUUCUCAAUCCCUCUGUCGAGGUCCAGGAACUUUGUCAAGAUUCUGAAAUGCUACAGCGACUUCAUCGUGACUUUAAAGAAAUGAUGUUUGACUUAGGAGUGCCUCUUCUCAGUUUUGGCGAGAAACAGAGCAUGGAUAUAGGCAUGAAUGUGAAAACUCUAAUUGUGCCAAAGGAAUCAAGCGAUCCUGGGUUUGGUGAAUACCAUGCGAUAGAUGUAAACCACUUAGACAUUUGCAAACCGAAAAACAAGGAAUCAUCUUUAUAUAAACUCCUUCAGGGGUUUGUGAAUGAUUGUGUUCCUCAGAAUCUAGUUGAGAACAUCCUAGAAGCCAACAUUCCUGAUGAAUAUGUAUUCCCUGACCUGUGAAAUCAACCAUCUACAUGUAUCAAUGUAUUGUUGCU